ACGCUCUGAGCUGUCUGUGUUUUGAGUGCGUUGACUCAACACACCGUAAGGGAACCCAAGGCCUGGCACCAUGCUGAAAAUGGCUCUCUUUCGACUUUUAGUUCUUUCACUGAUUGUCGCUGCAUCUGCAGCAGAAAUAUGCACAACCGGUGGAGGUCAAUGUCAGAAUGGCGGAUCAUGUGACAUAAGCGCAUCUCCAGCCGUAUGUAAAUGUAUCAAUGAAUACAAAGGAGACACGUGUGAGACAGCUCCAGCAGCAGCCAUAUGCACAACCGGUGGAAGUCAAUGUCAGAAUGGCGGUACAUGUGACAUAAGCGCAUCUCCAGCCGUAUGUAAUUGUGUCAAUGGAUACAAAGGAGACACGUGUGAGACAGCUCCAGCAGCAGCCAUAUGCACAACCGGUGGAAGUCAAUGUCAGAAUGGCGGUACAUGUGACAUAAGCGCAUCUCCAGCCGUAUGUAAUUGUGUCAAUGGAUACAAAGGAGACACGUGUGAGACAGCUCCUGCAGCAGCCAUAUGCACAACCGGUGGAAGUCAAUGUCAGAAUGGCGGUACAUGUGACAUAAGCGCAUCUCCAGCCGUAUGUAAUUGUGUCAAUGGAUACAAAGGAGACACGUGUGAGACAGCUCCAGCAGCAGCCAUAUGCACAACCGGUGGGGGUCAAUGUCAGAAUGGCGGUACAUGUGACAUAAGCGCAUCUCCAGCCGUAUGUAAUUGUGCCAAUGGAUACAAAGGAGACACGUGUGAGACAGCUCCUUCAACACCGAUAUGCACAGCCAGUGGAGGACAAUGCAAGAAUGGCGGUACAUGUGACACAACCAAACAUCCAGCCGUAUGCAAAUGUACCGGUGGAUACAGAGGGGACACGUGUGAGACAGCUCCUGCAAGAGCUAUUUGCACCACCGGGGAACGGAAUGCCUCCAUGGCGGUACAUGUGACACAUCCCAAACUCCAGCCGAAUGUAAAUGUACCGGUGGAUACACAGGGGACACAUGUCAGAAUGGAGCCGUCGUUGUACGAAUGUCAGCAUACUGCCUCAUCUUGGGACUUGUGUCGUACUGGAUCACGCCAGGGCACACAUUGUUUGAAAUGGCUUCACCUUCACAGACAACUAGACGCAUAGAUGACAUGUAGUUUAUUUAAUCCUAACAUAACAAAUUGAUGCUUCACUGAUACACUAGAGACGAUUUAUAGUUUACAGAUUUUUAGACAAGAUGUUGACGUUAGUUUGAUGUGGGUUUUUGUAUUAUAUUGAUUGUUAUUUACGAUGAGUUGUUACAGAACAAACGUAGACAACUUGACGCACAGAUGACAUUUAGUUUAUGUAAUCCUAUCAUAAGCGACUACAUAUCAUGAAUCAGUUACACUUUUAUUAUCAUUUUAGGAAAACUUAUGCUUCAAUCCUACGUCAGUCCACUGUGUGUUUUUACAUUAAUGAUAAUAUCAAAUAUUGUCUUUACUGCGAUGAUUUAUUACAGGAUGAACAUAGUUUACUACAGCUAAAAAGGCAAAGAAUCUCGCAGCACCAUUUCGGCCAUUGAUGACAUGUUACUGAUGACGUGGACCUCUCCCCGAGUGACCACUGACACAGAGUAAAUGUUGUCCACCUUUCUAGCAGCAGUAGCAGUUGCAAAUUGGUUUCACUAUAUUACAACUGUUUGUCAUGGUGAUGUGAUUUAAUAUAUAGCUGAAUAAAAGCUCAUA